CCAGCUCUCGUGGUUUCUACUAUACAACACAAACCAUAAUUACAUAUGUCAAAACUGUCAUUAACCAAUCAAUCUGAAUAAUCAACCACAUUUUGCGAUGGGAUUUAUGAAUAAACUCUGUAGAAAAUGUAAACGAAUUCGUUAUACUACGGCAAAAAAUAUUUUAAUAAUCUUUUUAAGCAUAUGUGUAAUGUUUCAAUACAACAUGCGCUUAUAUAUAAAUAGACACAUACAUUAUUUUAUAUCUAAACAAGAAAUUCUUAGUUCAUCCGAUUCUGGUGUUUUUUCAUCAUUAUCAAAUCAAGUAAAAAUGGUAACAUUUAGUUUAACAAUAUCACAAAUACUGAUACAUCCAAUAGCCGGAGUAUUAUCCGAUAAAUAUGGUGGAUCACUCCUUUUAAAAAUCGGAUUAUUCAUCGACACAUUACUUUGUAUUAGUUUUGGUCAUAUUGUAUGGUUAUUUCCAUGGUGGGGAUUUCCUGUGAUUAACUUCAUUUUUGGAAGCGCUCAAAGUUUUGUUUUAACAUCCGUUUAUAGCCUUUUAGCGCAUUGGAUCAACAAACCCGAAUUAACAUUUAUAUCAACAGCCAUAAAUGUAACGUGUUUUUGUUGGCACAGCCUUUUUAUCACGAUUAUCGGUUAUGUUGAUGUGAAAUCGGUUUCGUGGUCGAUGGAAAUGGUCGGUUUUGGAGGUUUUACAAUUUUAAUUUUAUUGUUUUUUACCGUUUUUUCCGCACCUUGGACUCAUCCGUACUUAAAAAAAGGACGAAAAACUAAUUUGGAAUACAACACAACGAAUGCCUUUCCACAACGCAUUCCAUUUAAAAAUAUAAUUAAAAGUCAAUCUGUUCGUUCAGUUUGGUUUGGUUAUGUUGCCCAUAAAUGGUUGUUAAUUCAAUUAAUUUUUGGUUAUCAUACUUCAUGGUUGUACAUUUUUGGGGAUUCUAAAUGGAUGGUUAAAGUUUUACCAUUGUUUGGAUUUUUUGGUGGAUUAAUCUCUGGGUAUAUUUUUCAAAAUAUUAUUAACAAAAACAAAAUGCCGAUUAUUUAUGUAAGGAUUGUUGCGAAUUUGGCUGGAAUUCUUUUAGCAAGUUUGUUGAUUACAUUUGGCGCGCAUCGUCACAACAUUUAUUUUUCCUUUAUCUUAUAUUGUUUGGGUUUUGGUGUUCUUGGAGUUGGUUUCACUGGAAGUUCAGUUAACGUACAUGAUAUAACACGACAUUAUAGUGGUACAAUUAUUGGUAUUGGAAAUGGUCUCGUUAAUUGUAUUACACUUUUUUACGAUACAACUCAUCCAGCUAGUUAUUGUAUUGUAAAGUUUUUAAAAAAAUAUUUCAAAAAACAGAAAUAAUUAAAAUUUGU